ACCAUUAUCGCUCUUCUCUCUCUCUCUCUCUCUCUCUCUCUUUUUUUUUUUUUGUUAUUUAAAAUGGCCUCCUCUCACCACCAUUCGGAGCUCGACUCUUACGCCACCGACUCCGUCGCCUCUUCCCCACGCUCCGAUCACCAGCCUCACGACGUUCACACACGUGUGCGCUUCAUGUGCAGUUUCGGUGGCAAGAUCGUCCCUCGACCACACGACAAUCAGCUCCGAUACGUCGGCGGUGAUACUCGCAUUGUCGCCGUUCACAGAGCCACCAACUUCUCCGGCUUACUCACCAAGCUCUCCAAACUCUCUGGCACCAGCGACGUGAUCGUCAAGUAUCAGCUUCCGAAUGAGGAUUUGGAUGCUCUGAUCUCUGUGACGACCGACGAGGACGUGGAGAACAUGGUGGACGAGUACGAUCGAUUGGUACAGAAUCAAAACCCGAAAUCCACGCGCCUCCGGAUUUUCCUCUUUUCCAAAGACGAGGAAUAUUCGACGACCAGUAGUAUUACUUCGAUCCUCCACGGCUCCACCAACCGGGACAAUUGGUUCAUCGACGCGCUCAAUAGCGGUGGCGCGUCGACCGAUCUCCAGAGAGGCCGCUCCGAAGUUUCUUCAAUAGUAUCCGAAGUGCCGGAUUAUCUAUUCGGGCUUGAUAAUCCAGAAGAUCCCCAGAACCGUGGCGGCGAUCCCAAGUAUAAAAUUCGACCCGCUUUGCACGACUGCGUUUCGGGUUCGGAUCCUGGAUCCCCCGCUCCAACUGUUUCUUCCCCGUUUUGCUCCACUUCGUCUGUUCCUUCCGUCCAUUUGAUCCCGAACCUCCCACCCGUGCGGACCAAAUCAGAAAGUCAAGUUCCGAUCAUGGUGAGCAGCACGGAAGCGAGCGAGCCACCCAUAUCACAACCGGGUGAAUACACAGGAAAUUCCACGCUCCAUUACGUCCCCACAACGGAUACUCGUUAUUCGGCUCAACCCAUACACCAAAUGCCCGUUUACUACGUCCCAACUUCGAUGGCGCCACCCGGAAAUGUCCCAAUCCAACAUAUUCCAGUUCCAAUACGGGCGCCUUAUGUUCCGGUCCAGCAAUACCCAGUUGUGACGGGUCAGAUUCCAGUCGGGUACCAUUACCCGGUUCAAGGUGUGGAACAGGUGUACGGUGGUGUGGGAGGUCUGAGGCCUGCCACGUCAUUGGAUCCACGUGAUCUUUCGGGCGCUAGAUUGGUUCCAGAUGGAUUGAACCAGCAGCAGCAGCAGAUGUUGUAUGGUGUCAGAAGUCAAGUUCCGGUGUAUCCGGGUAUGGCAGUACCCGCCCAAGCCCAAGCCCAAGGGGAAGACUUGCGAGGACCCGGCCUUGGACUCGAUGGAAAGAUAAGUAAGGUCAAUUAUUCAUCUUGACGAGUUAAAAAGAAAAGGGAAUGAUAGUUAUAAUAAAGGUCAAUGGGAAUCGUUGACUAAUGAUUGAUUGUUUGGUAUAUAAUUUUCUGCUAGCCUUAUUUGUAUAAACUUUUUUGGUUGAGGGAUCGAUGAUUGAACUGUUCAACUGUAAUUAGUUUUUUGGAUUGUUUUUUUUGUUUGUAGUGUGAUGAAACUGAAUGUUAUCUGAUUUGUUUUGUUAUUAUAAAAAAAAAAGAAAAAAAAUUAUCCUAAA